AUGUCUUCUUCCUCUUCGAACACCAAAUCAAAGAAUGGCAAAAACAGGAACCAGCACCUAUAUCGAAUCACUCCUAGAUCAUUCCAGGAACUCCAUCCAGUCCACUAUCAAAUACUCGAUAUACUCAAAGAAGAUAUUCCCGUCACUCUCAUCCAGACUUGUCGAAGUCUCUAUGAUGAACUUACUCCGAAGAUAUACGAGAAGAUCGAAGUUAAUGAAAAUACUCAUGACGGAAUUACAAAUAUCGAAGCUGACAGUGGAUCCGAGCAGGAAGAUGAUAGUGAAGACGAAGAUGACGACCGAAUAUCUUCCGAAGCUGAUACGGCCACCUCAACCCUGCUUACUCCAAGCUUGAGGAAUAAAGCAUUAUUUCACAACAGGUUCAUCAACUUCACUGAUGUUCAAGGUGCUAUUGAUUUUGUCAAGGAUUGUCGCUACUGCCACGACUGGUACUGCAACACUUGCUCGAAAAAUUAUACUAUGCAAGGUCAGAUCUUUCCAAAUGUCGAACAUAUCCGUCUUGGGGGAACUUUGGUCUGCCUUUUAGCUGAAUUGGAGUUGGAAAGUCACCCUCCUUUUCGAGACUGUUGGGAGUCACAUCGAUCAGAUGAAUUCUUGAACCUCGUUUCGGAAUGCAUGACACCAAAAAAUUUGUGUUUGGAUUGGCCUGAAGAUUGGUCAUCAGGAGGAUGGUAUUAUAAUCCAGACGAUGAAGAGGAUGAAGAUGACGAUUGGGCGGUCAAACGAGGAAUGACUGAGCUUUUGUUUAACAUCAGCAGGACUUUCCACUCCGUCACACAUAUAGUCCUACAUAUCGAUAUAGAGGAUUUCCAUCUGGUAACAUUUGAUCUGGAGCCCACCAUCGCUUCAAGUAUGAAAUUCACUUUCUAUAUCAGCAAGGAACCGAAGACGAAAUCAGCCAAGGUCGUACAAACCCUCUGGAACCAUUUCAAGUCUCUCAAGAACCAUCAAUGGACGUUCGAGUACUCUGUACCAUACUUCAAGAAAUACAAGAACGACUUAAAAGAUCUCUGGAAAGAAAUUAGAAGUAGAGACUUGGAGCGAUUCGCUGCGUUCAAACAGAGAUUAGCGAUAGAAGGUGAGGAGUACUUUUUCAAGCGAUUCGAUAUUCUAGGUCCCAUGAAGUCUUCAGCAAGAGGGUAG